AUGAACAAGCCUUCUAGUAAACGUCGUCGCAUCAGCCCAGCCACGGCUCUCUCAAAGCCGUUCAAGUCUCCGCUACGCAGACCUGGACCAACAAACACCGACGACACACCAUCCAAGUCUGUCGCACCCAGGACUCCCGAUGACGCAAAAGUUUCAGCGACUGUUACCAUUCCUGUAGAGUCCGACUCAAUGUUAAAUACACCAAGUCCGACAACAACUCCAGUACUUCCUAAGCGCAAACGCACGCUACAUCUCUUGUCCCCAUUACCCUCACAAUCAUUCCAAACCUCCGACCCAGAGAUCCUAGAACUGCAAAAACAGCACCGAGAGGUCCAGUCAAAGGUUGAUGCGCUCAUAGCCAAACUCGAACUCGCAACUCAGGCCCGCAACCUCGAGACAAACACUAAAUACAUGGAGAUUCCAAACCUCAUUACCAAAUGGCGACUCGCUAGCCAGGAUGCAGCCGAUGAGGUAUUUGUCGGUGCCAAGGAAAGGGUUGAUCGCAUGGGAGGAAUGGCGGCCUGGAAAGAGCAGUCGAAGCGUGAUGCAACUCGGUGGGAGUUUGACGAGCAGCGUGGUGAGCGGGAGCACAUUGACGAGGACGAGGGAGAUCUUGACAACUACGACGCCGAGGAUUCUUCUGGCCAUCUACCAAAGAAGAAUAAUGGAGAGGAGAGUCAGGCCGAGGAGUUCACGAUGGAGUUCAUGCUCAAGAGUCUACAUGUUGAUCCAAAGUUGAUUGGAUAUGAUGCAGAGGCUCAAAAAUGGAUCAAACGCUGA